UCCAAAUUUCCAAAUCCAGUUUCGCUCGCUCCUUCUCUGUCUCUCUUCUCUGAUUCGUAAACCAUUGAUGAGAUGCGAGUUCAUGAAGAAAUUGCAGAGUCACCAUUUUCGAUUUCACAGCUAAACACUAAUUCGACGGCCAAUGGAUAUGGAUGGGUCGAUAAAUGUCAUGGGUUCUUACAUAACACGGUUCUUGUUGCGGCUUCUCUCUUCUUUGUCGCUUACUUAGCUUACGAGGCGAAGAAGAGCUUGUCUAAGCUCUCGAAUCGGAGAUCUUAUAUAAUGAUCGCUUAUUAUGGUUGUCUUUGGCUUGUUAGCUUGCUCAAUCUUGUUUGGUGCUGUCUCCAGGGUUGGGAAUGUACUCCUGGGAAAGAAGUUGUUUGGAAUCUAUUAACUUUGUGCACAACAUCUGGAAUGUUGUUUCUGGAAGUAAGCUUAGUGGCUUUUCUCUUCCAAGGAAACUAUGCGAGUGGUUCAGAAGCAUUAACUAGAACAUUCCUUAUCUCGGGGUUUAUUAUUGCUCUCGAUUUGCUUUUCAAGGCAAUUUUUCUCUUUGGAUUUGGUGUGCCAUUGUUUAUUGACAACAAUGAAAAUGGAAAGACGUUCAAAUGGGGAUUAUGGAUUAUCCAUAAGCUUCUACUCACUGGCGUUUAUGGGAUGAUAUUCUUAAUGUACAACUCUAGGUGGAGAGAAAAAUUGCCUGCAAGGCCUGCAUUCUACAAUUACAUAAGCAUCAUGUUAGCGUUAUACGGACUAUACUUAGUAGCAUCUGUGUUUACUGCAAACAGCGCACAGUUUGGAUUCUGGUUGUAUGGGAUCACUAGUGUUUCCUACCACGCGUUAUACCUUCCUCUUCUUUACAUUACUUUUCUCGCAGACUUUUUCCAGGAGGAAGAUCUGAACUUGGAGAAUGUAUACUACUCAGAGAUGAAGGAUGCUGGAUUUUUCGAUUCUGAUUGGGAAUAGAACUAGGGUAACAAACAUCUUCCUGAAUCUGUAAAUACAUGUUGGGUAGGAUCUCUUAGGAGUCAUGGCCACUUUAGGGUCUAGUCUUGUGUGUGUCUGUACUUGUACCUCAUGUUUCGUACUCUUUUAUAAAUUCAAGUUUCUUGUGAA